UCCCAGUUUCAGUAUAUUUCCCCAAAAUUUCAAAUACCAAUUUUGAGGAACUUCUAUUGCAACUGCCCCAACUAUUGCUAUGCCACUGGUUCGUAUUUAAAAUAGCAGAGACCUUUUGCUAUUUAUAAAGAUGUUAGUUUUAUAGUUUAAUGUGUACUCUGCAAUUUUGUAACUUGUAUUCCGAAACAGAGCCUCAUGACGUCAUUGUGUAGAGGGCAGGGCUCAUUUUGUGGUAACGUAAGUUACGCUUUAUCAUAGUUUAGGGAACUACGGAGUUUGAGAGUUGGGACCGGUUGUUUGAACUUGAACAAGUUGAAAGAUGUUCAAACUGCAAGAAUAUACGAAAUAUUAGAUGCUGAAAAUCAACUGCAACUGCAUGACCUACUAGCGUGGCAAGUGAGUAGGUUACAAAAGAGGACACUUAAACUUAGAAAGUGAAGUUGAACUUGGCGAGUGUUCCAUGCCCAUACCCAUCAUUCGCCGCUCAAUAUCGCAGGUAUAGGAGACUGGUGCUACUCGGUGAAGGUUACUUGCGGCCAACGAAGUUUGAAUACACUCUUCGAUACCGUCAAGAGGAAAACGUGUUCCUGAAAUGACCACAUGAUUUGUGUUUUUCCAUGCAGUAGCUGAAAGAAAAAUUGCUGGGUGGUGGACAUGACAAGUAUAGAUGGUAGACCAGCUCAGUAUGGCCUUGAAGUCAAGGACCUUCGAGAACUUAUGGAAACAAAAGGCCAUGAAGCUGUUGAAGCAAUCAGGGGUCAUUAUGGGGGUGUGCAGGAGAUGUGCAAAAUGCUGUUUACAUCACCAACAGAUGGUUUAAGUGGUUCAACCACAGACCUUGAACACAGGCGGCAAACAUUUGGCUCUAAUGUUAUCCCACCUAAACCUUCUAAAACCUUCUUACAACUAGUAUGGGAAGCACUUCAAGACAUUACACUUAUUAUUCUCGAAGUUGCUGCCAUUGUAUCUUUGGGUCUUGCCUUUUAUGAGCCACCGGCAAAUAUAGAAGAAGAAGUUGCUCAAGAUGAAGGAGAAGGUGAGGCAGGAUGGAUAGAAGGAGUUGCAAUUUUAGUUUCAGUUAUUAUUGUUGUCCUAGUAACAGCUUUUAAUGAUUAUACCAAAGAAAAACAGUUUCGAAGUCUACAAAAUCGUAUUGAACAUGAGCACAAAUUUGCUGUUAUUCGAAGUGGGGAGAUUAACCAGAUUCCUGUUAGUGAACUAGUGGUUGGUGACAUUUGUCAAGUUAAAUAUGGUGAUCUCUUACCUGCAGAUGGUAUAAUUAUUCAGAGCAAUGAUUUGAAAGUUGAUGAAAGUUCUCUAACUGGAGAGUCUGAUCAUGUUAAGAAAGGAGAGCUACAUGAUCCUUUGCUCUUUUCAGGUACUCAUGUUAUGGAAGGGAGUGGUAAAAUGAUGGUAACAGCAGUUGGCAUUAAUUCUCAAGCAGGUAUUAUUUUUACGCUACUGGGAGCAGCUUCCACAGAAACACCAGAAGAAAAAAAGAUAAGAAAAAAAGAAGAAAAAAUGCAAAAGCAGAAGAAAAAUAGCACAGCAUCCCAUAAAGACACUUACAAUAACAAGGAAUUGUCUCCUUUGGCUAUUCCUGUUCUUUCACCUGAUGAUGAAGAGGCAGUAGUCACAGGAAGCUCAAACCUCAUAAAUGCAACCACUGCCAAUAGUCACAAAAAAGAAGCAGAAACUAAUACCAGGAAAGAGAAGUCUGUUCUUCAGGCCAAACUUACCAAGCUGGCUAUUCAGAUUGGCUAUGGAGGUUCUACAAUUGCUAUGCUUACUGUAGCCAUCCUUAUAAUACGAUUUGCCAUAAAAACAUUUGUCAUCAAAGGCAGGCCAUGGUCAGCCUACUAUACCCAAUUUUUCGUCAAGUUUUUCAUCAUUGGUGUUACUGUCCUUGUUGUAGCAGUUCCUGAAGGUCUUCCAUUAGCUGUUACACUUGCUUUGGCUUAUUCUGUAAAGAAAAUGAUGAAAGACAAUAAUCUUGUUCGGCAUUUGGAUGCAUGUGAAACUAUGGGAAAUGCCACUGCCAUCUGUUCUGAUAAAACAGGCACCCUAACUACUAAUCGCAUGACUGUUGUCCAAAGUUACAUGGGUGGUGUUCAUUAUAAAACAUCACCAAAGUAUGAUGACCUUCCCCCAGACAUUGCAGAGAAAAUUCUUUAUGGAAUUUCAGUUAAUUCUGGUUACACUUCUCGUAUUUUGCCUUCUGAAAACCCAGGAGACCUUCCUAAACAAGUAGGCAAUAAGACAGAAUGUGCCUUACUAGGCUUUAUUCUUGACAUGGGCAGAGACUAUCAGGCAGUGAGAGAUGAUAUCCCAGAAGAAAGGUUAUACAAAGUGUACACUUUCAAUUCUGUUAGAAAAUCAAUGAGUACAGUUAUUCCUAUUGAAAAUGGAUUCCGGGUUUAUACUAAAGGAGCUUCAGAAAUGGUCAUGAAAAAGUGUUCUUUUAUUAUGGAAUCAGAAGGGAGAGUGGAAAGAUUCACCCAGGUGGGUCAAGAUAAAUUAGUGAAAACUGUGAUAGAGCCCAUGGCUUGUGAUGGCUUACGAACUAUUUGUAUUGCUUACAAAGAUUAUGUAAACAGGAAUCCAGAGGUUAAUCAGAUACAGUUUGAUGCAGAACCAUUAUGGGAUGAUGAGGACAAUAUUAUUUCCAACUUGACAUGUCUCUGUUUGGUAGGAAUUGAAGAUCCUGUUCGUCCAGAGGUUCCUGAUGCUAUUAAAAAGUGUCAGCGAUCAGGUAUAACAGUAAGAAUGGUAACUGGAGACAAUGUGAACACAGCUCGUUCUAUAGCCUUGAAAUGCGGUAUCAUCAAAUCUGAAGAUGACUUUCUAGUACUUGAGGGGAAGGAAUUUAACAGCAGGGUACGGGAUAGUCAUGGUGAGAUUCAGCAACAUUUGAUUGACCAGAUAUGGCCUCAACUCCGGGUUCUAGCUAGAUCUUCUCCUCAAGAUAAGUUCACACUUGUUAAAGGAAUCAUUGAUAGUAAACUGAGUGCCAAUCGAGAGGUAGUGGCAGUUACAGGAGAUGGCACAAAUGAUGGCCCUGCUCUGAAAAAAGCUGAUGUGGGUUUUGCUAUGGGAAUUGCUGGAACUGAUGUUGCAAAAGAAGCAUCUGACAUCAUUCUCACUGAUGACAACUUCACAAGUAUUGUCAAAGCUGUGAUGUGGGGACGUAAUGUGUAUGAUAGUAUUGCUAAGUUCUUACAGUUUCAACUAACAGUUAAUGUUGUUGCUGUGAUUGUUGCCUUUGUUGGAGCAUGUGUUAUUGAGGUUAGUGCAUUUACUCAACUGUAUCUUCAUAAUACCAUAUUUUCUGGUAAAUUUUUGCUUGUAAUUUCUAACUUAUUUCUUUAUCCAGGACAUUAUUACUUUGACAUUGAUUCAGGCAUGUAUGCCCCACUUCACUCCCCUCCUUCUCAGCACUUCACAAUCAUCUUCAAUACCUUUGUAAUGAUGACUCUUUUUAAUGAACUCAAUGCAAGAAAGAUCCAUGGAGAGCGAAACAUCUUUGAAGGGCUUCUGACAAAUCCAAUAUUCUAUUCCAUCUUGUUAAUAACAUUUGGAGCACAGAUUAUAAUUGUGCAGUUUGGUGGUUAUGCAUUCUCCACCUUUGGUCUUACCUUAGAUCAGUGGCUUUGGUGCAUAUUUUUUGGCUGUGGGACUUUGUUAUGGGGACAGCUGAUUACUACAAUCCCCACCAAAAAGAUCCCCAAAACCUUCACUUGGGGCUCAGGAACACCAGAUGAGCGUGAUCAUACCAUAUUUCAUGGAGAAGAAACUAGUAGGGAUUCCAUUUCUCAUGAAGUCAAAAGAACAGGACAGAUUCUCUGGAUUCGUGGCCUUACUCGACUACAGACACAGCUUCAGGUGGUCAGGGCCUUUAAAAGCACACUGGAAGACAUGGAGGAAAAGCGUAGUGCUUUUAGCUUUCACAUGUUGCGUAGUUCUGGUAAUCAUCCAGGACUCAGACCAGUCUCAGAUAUAAGCUACAUUGAUGAGGAGGUGAAUACAUCAUCACUUAAUGAACAUCCUUAUGAACAGAGUGAUUGUAAAAAAAAAGUUAACACUAAUCCCACGAAGAAUAAGAAAGGAGAUCAGCACAACCCUUCGAACGAGUGCAACUCAGCAGUAACUCUCACUCCUAGUGAUAGUGAUCCAUAUUCCCACUCAGAAACUGCUCCACUUAUGGAUCAAACAAGGCAUUCACAAUCCCCAGUAAAUCAGCAUGGAGCCCCAUCCAUUUCACCGACUACUACAAGUAUAACACCCAUCAACUCUUCCUCUUCUCCUUCCUCUAAUGCCUCUUUUCCCUCCAGUUAUAACCGACCAGACCUCAACAUUAACAGCCCUAUCUCACAGGGCUACCUUCUUUUGUCAGCUCCUAAGAAGGUUCAUGAAACCAGUAUUUAAUUCUGGUGCCUUUCCAACUGCAAAGACAAAAAAAUUAGCAUAUCAAUGCUAGUGGGGCAUAUUUAAUGUCAGACUUAAGAUUUGCAUGUCGUGUCUGUAACUAAUUGUGACUGUGAAGAUAAGUAUUUCCAAAAUAUAGAUGCAGAAACGUGUUCAGUGGAAUGAGAUGAAAGUAUUAUUAAAAUAAAUUUGAAUGAUAAAAUACAGAAUGCUAUAUUUUAUAUUCUUAUAUAAACAUUCUCAGCUGCAAGUUGCAAAGGUGCUUGAUAUUUUAUAUAAAUCAAAUUACAAAAUCAAGUAUUGUUUUUUGUUUGAUUUUCAAUGAAUGAUUUUAAACAUUUUUUGCCUUUGUUGGUAUAUUGCUAGAAAGCAUGAGUUUUGCAGUUUUCAAAGUUUGUUCAGUUCAACAAAGUCUAUCUGAUUUGAGUAUGAUUUCCUAGAAAAUUAUAGAAGCAACUUUUAACUAAAUCCAUCACUUGGUUUAUUAGCAGCCAGUGAACAUGUGUACCAUUUUUGAGUAUUAUGGUUAUGAAUGCUUUUGUUUUUGCAUUUUGAGCAUUUAAUGUUGUUGACCAACACUGAAGAGAUGAGAACCUAAUUGAUAAAGUAUACGUUUAUGACCAUUAAAUUUUCUGAUACAAAAAUAGAGGUGUAGAUGUCAAGAAUGAUUCAUUAUUGUAUCUGUAACAUGUACGUUAUCAUUACCAGUUGUCGGACAAAAUGUUAAGUUUUUCAGAUUUUAAAAAUUCUCAAAUUUUAGUCUGGAGCAUUAACAAUCUUGUAAAAACAUGAAUGUGUAUAGAUAUGUAGUAAACUACUGUUGGAGCUUUUGUUAGUGAGAAACAAUUUCCUGCAGUUUUUAACUCUAUGGUGUCAGUACCUGUAACACAAAAAAAAAAACCUAGAGAAUACUUUAUAAGAUGUAUGUCUGUGUGUGGUCUUUGUUAACAUUGUCCUAUAAUUAGGAAAUACAAAGUGACUUAAACAUAUCUUAACAAUGUCUUUUUUGAAAAUCAUUUAAGAUUAGUUCAAGCUCUUUAUAUGAUAGAAUGAAGAUAAUUCAUACAAAGAAAAAGAAUUGGUCUUAGCUGCUAAAACAGUAUUUUAAUUCCUUACGUGAAUUGUUUCUAAUAGUCAUUGCUAAGUUUCACAUGUCUGUCUUAUUCAAUAGAUUGUCAGUUUUAGUAAAAACAUUUUGUAGCACAUUAUGAAUAACGUUAUAAAGUCAUUUAUUAGUUCACUCCAAUGAAAUACAAGAAUUGACAUAGUCUGCAAAUUAAAUAUUAUUUGCCUGUGUAUUCUAUAGAUGCAAAAACAGUUUUCUAGCCUUUAUGUACAGAAAAUUACAUACCCCAGAUUAUUCUCAAAGCACUUCCCAUAGGUUAAUUUACAAUUUCUCUGUCUGUCUUAACAAUAUAAAAAGAACAGUUAUCUUUGAUCCCUGGCUACUUCUUUGAAAGUGAAUUUGAAAUAUAAGAAAGCAUUUAAUUCUAAUUUUUUGGAUACUUCUUUAUUAGCAUAUUUUAUGGACUCGAAAAACAACUAUGUUUGGUGUUAUUCAAAUAUACUAACAAUAAUUUGUGGAAGUACGUUUUCUGUUGCUUUACUAACAUUAGAAUUCAAAUCAAUGUGCUUGUGCUUUUUGGAAAUGAAUGCUAAUUAUUCUGAGUUAUUAGUGCAGAUUCCUUAGAGGUCGUUUAAGAUCAUGAUUAAAGUGCAAAAUAUACAUAUCAUUAAUUAUGUUAUAUCUGUUAACUUCUUAAUAGAAGCAAUUGAAUGCCAUAACAAAUGAUCUGACAAAACAAGAUGGUUGUACACUACACACAGUUAUUUUAUUUGACUGCAGAUUCUCAGAAAGAACCAUUUGCUCAGAUUAUCUAAGUUUAUUAUAUUAAGCUUUACAACGUGUUCAAUAGUUAGAUUUGUGACACCAUCUUGAUGUUAAGUAUUACAGUGUGUUCUAUAGUUAGAUUUGUGACACCAUCAUGAUGUUAAGUAUCACAGUGUGUUCUAUAGUUAGAUUUGUGACACCAUCAUGAUGUUAAGUAUCACAGUGUGUUCUAUAGUUAGAUUUGUGACACCAUCAUGAUGUUAAGUAUCACAGUGUGUUGUAUAGUUAGAUUUGUGACACCAUCAUGAUGUUAAGUAUUACAAUGUGUUAAUAAUUAAGUUUGUCACACAAUCUUAGUGUUAAGUAUGACGAUGUGUUCAAUAGUUAAGACUUAUGACAUUUAAAUAUUAAGUAUUGCAAUGUUUUAAUAGUUAGAUUUGUGACAAUGUGUUAAAUAAGGUAACUCAUUAAAGUGUGUUAAGGAUUUUAUCUGUAUGCUAUAUUAAUUUGAUCAUAUUUGUUUCUUUGUGUGUGUGUGUAUAUAUGGCUGACCAAGAAGCAGGUCAUUCAUGUUAUAUUUGGAGUAGAUUUUUGAUUAUCACAAUGUUACCAGUAGAGGUAUUGGCUGUGUAAGUAAUUCCUUUUUGUAUCUAGUGUUGGUAUUAAUUGUGAUGGCCACAAUUAUGUACUUGUAGAUGGAUAUAAAAGUGACUUUUUCUUUUCCUUCUGAUUCCCAUUUUUAUCCAAAGUUGCAAAUAUUCAUAAUUACCUACUUGUGAAUGAAUCAAGAUAUUUGUCAUUGUACUGUCACAUUUUGAACUAAUACUAGAAAUAACCAAGAUUAGCAUAUAACAUACUUGUAAGUUAAUAAACACACUUAUCACUGUACAGUCUCAUGUCUAACUGGUACUGGGAAUAAUUUUCACCACCUCAUUCAUCUUCUUGUAGAUUAAGAAAGCUGUUUAUAAGAUGUUAUGGAAAUAAUCAUCAUUACUACAAUCACCUACUUAUAGGUUGGUCAGGAUAUUUUUAUGUUGUGAUUCAUUUUUCACCAGUGCUGGAAAUAUCCUCAAAUACUGUAUACAUUUAAAUCUAAGCUAGUAGAGACAUUUCUUGUUGAAUCAACUUAUCUUGAAAUAUUGCUGGGAAUAAGCAUUGUUAUCACAUUUUGAAACUUGUAAAUUAUAAAGGUUGUUGUUGUAGUAUUGAUUGAUCAUUAACUAGUGCUAAGAAUAAGCACAAUCGUCACACACUCGUAUACUUAUUAAGUAAGUCAUCUUUAUUGUGAUGAAGAUAAUUAUGAUUACUACAACCACAUACUUGUAGGUUGGUUAUGAUUAUGCAGAGGAUAAAAUAUUUAUGCUUACCACAAUUUGAAACUUGUAGAUGAAUAAAGAUUGCUGUUGUUGUAGUUAAUCUUUAACAAUGUUGGGAAUAAGCAUGAUUACUACAGUCUUGUUCUUUUAGAUUGAUUAAUAUUUGUCGUUGUACUGAUUCAUCUUAAGCUGUGCUAAGAAUAUUUAUAACUUCUUGUAGGUUGAUGGGGGAAUGGAAUUAUUAUGACUACCACAAUUUGAAACUUGUAGAUUAAUGAAGGUAGUUGUUGUAGCAACCAUUUUUAGGUAGUUGUAGGAAUACUGGUUACUACCAUAGUCUUCUACUUCUACAUUGAUCAAGGUAUUUGCUGUUGUACCAUAGAUUCUCAGAAAGGAUCCUCUGCUCAGAUUUAUCUAAAUUUAUUAUGUCAGCAUUAGAAAUGAUCAUGGCUUUCACUUCAAGAUCUUUUUUAGAUUAGUAAAGAUAGUUGUUCUACUGAUUCACUGUUAACUAACUGUAGACAUAAUCUUGAGAGUAACAGACAUGUGUACAUUUAGAUUAAUUAUGGUAUUUGUUGUCGUACUGACUUAUAUUUAGCUGUUAAUGGGUUUGUACGGAUUGAAAAGGGUUUUUGUUGCUAUAAUUAAAUAGUUAUUUGUAAUAUUGUAUACUGAGUUAUCCUAAUUCAUCAUGUCUUAAUUGCAUAUUCAACAAUGUAGGUUAUUUGUGUAUGUAAUAGAUCAUUGUAAUUAUAUAAUUAAUUAAUCACUCCCAAAUUUGAGGGAGAAAUAGAACGGAUAUGCAUAGUAGAUCACCAACUAUAAUAAUUGUAGUAUUUAUUCAGUAAUGGCUUACAAGAAUCACUCAUUUUACAAUAAAUUUUGAUUAGUUUUAGGAACAGGUUUAAAUGGAUUAACUACAGUUUUUAAAACAUAAAGGGCUUGUGGACAAAAAUGUUGUCAUAUGACAUUUCUGUACAACUAAGUAUUUCAACAUUUAUAUUCUUUUGUUAUAAAGUACCUUAAAAAUAUAUACUGUUAUUAAAAUUCAAAGUUUCUUUAAAAUAUUGUUCCACCGUAAUCAUGACUGUAGUUUGAUAAAUAUAUAGAAUAAUAACAGGUUGAAACCACGUUAAAUAAUAAUAAAACCAUGGAGCACUCUACAUUGAGUCUUAGAACUGUUACAUAUGUGAACACAAGACUGGGUUGAUUGUAAAACUUUUGCAAAAGAAUGUAUGCUGUAAAGCAUGUGCCAACAUGUGAAUGUUUGUUAAAGGUGCUGUAAUCUGAGUGCCUCUUAUUUUGAAAAGCUAAUGUUGUUUAAGCUACUCUGAAUUGUGUGUUUGAGGUUAUCAUUUCAACUACAAUAACACAAUAUAUGCAUGUUUUAAUCUUACUUAUACAUGAUGGAAUAAUAAUAUUCCUUUUAAUUAUGAUUUCUUGUUUUACUUAUGAUUUUUGAUUUUUUAUGUAUUAUUAUUUUGUGUUUCUGGUAUUGUUAUGUGGGUAGAUUGGAAAGUCUUUGAUUAAUUUUAAUAGAUAUUUCUUACAAAUAUAUUUUAAAAAAGAAUUUUUAUUGGCUUUAAUCUAUUGGAGUUAAAGAAGAAGAAAAAAUUAUUUGUAUAUGUUAAAAACAAAGAAAGAACAGAAAUUUUAUCCGUAUUUAUUAGAGGAGAAAACUUUAAAUUUUAUGUAUAUUUGUUGGAAAAGAAAAAUGGUGAAUUUUUUAUAUGAGCAAAAUUGGUGUGGAAAGGAAAUCGUAUUCCAUGCUUAGUUAACACUAGUUAAGGAGUUUGUUUAUUCAACUUACCUGCAAAUCAUUAUGAUGUAACAAUUACAUAAUAUUAUUAUGUAGAAAGGUAUAUGUACAAGAUGCCAUUAGAAAUGUUUAUUAAAUCACAAAAAAUUUGUAGAUUUAA